GUGGGGGCGCGCGCGCGCGCGCGGAGGGGCUGAGGGCCGUCGGUCCCGUGCGCUGUCUCGCCCAAGAUGGCGGCGGGGACGGCAGCGGCGGCCGUGGCCCGGCUAGAGGGCCGUGAGUUCGAAUACCUCAUGAAGAAGCGCUCGGUGACCAUCGGCCGCAACUCCUCCCAGGGCUCGGUGGAUGUGAGCAUGGGUCACUCCAGCUUCAUUUCCCGCCGGCACCUGGAGAUUUUCACUGCCCCGCCCUCCCAGGCGCCGGCCGCCGCCGCUGCCGCCUCCAACAACAGUGCCGACUCCGCCUCAGCCACCACCGGCGACGGGACCGGGGCCCAGUCCCAGCUUGACGUCGCCGCUGCUGCUACUUCUUCAUUUAGCGGCGGCGGCGACUUUUAUUUACGCUGCCUCGGGAAGAACGGCGUCUUCGUGGACGGGGUGUUCCAGCGACGGGGGGCGCCACCGCUGCAGCUGCCCCGAGUGUGUACAUUCAGGUUUCCCAGCACAAACAUCAAGAUAACAUUUACAGCUUUAUCCAAUGAAAAAAGAGAAAAACAGGAGUCCCCACAGUCCCCAGUGAAACCUGUGCAACCCCAGAUCUCUCCUCUAACAAUAAACAUUCCGGACAACAUGGCUCACCUGAUCAGCCCUCUACCUUCUCCCACAGGAACCAUCAGUGCUGCAAAUUCCUGCCCAUCUAGCCCCCGUGGUGCAGGUUCUUCAGGGUACAAAAUGGGUCGUGUAAUACCAUCUGACCUGCAUCUAAUGACUGACAAUUCACAGUCAGAAAAUGACAAAGAAGCAUCAGGGGGAGAUAGCCCAAAGGAUGACUCAAAGCCCCCUUAUUCCUAUGCACAACUAAUAGUACAAGCAAUUACAAUGGCACCUGAUAAGCAACUCACACUAAAUGGAAUUUAUAUGCACAUAACUAAAAACUAUCCUUACUACAGGACAGCAGACAAGGGCUGGCAGAAUUCAAUACGUCACAACCUCUCUCUGAAUCGUUAUUUCAUCAAAGUACCACGUUCCCAGGAAGAACCAGGCAAAGGCUCCUUCUGGAGGAUAGACCCGGCCUCUGAAAGCAAAUUGAUAGAGCAGGCUUUUAGAAAAAGGCGGCCAAGGGGAGUACCUUGCUUUAGAACCCCACUGGGACCUCUGUCUUCUAGAAGUGCCCCAGCUUCCCCUAACCAUUCAGGAGUGCUGUCUGCUCACUCAAGUGGUGUGCAGACCCCAGAAAGCCUGUCAAGGGAAGGCUCUCCUGUUCCAAUGGAGCCUGAGCCAAGCACUAUUCAGCCAAAGCUAGCAGUGAUUCAAGAGGCACGAUUUGCACAGAGUGCACCAGGAUCGCCCUUAUCUAGCCAGCCCGUCUUAAUUACUGUACAGAGGCAGCUACCACAAACUAUGAAACCUGUCACGUACACUGUUGCAACUCCUGUGACAACAUCAACAUCCCAGCAGCCUGUAGUACAAACAGUUCAUGUUGUCCAUCAAAUACCAGCUGUGUCUGUCACAAACGUGACUGGAUUAGCACCAGCAAAUACUUACACUGUAGCUGGUCAAGCAGUGGUCACACAGGCAGCAGUGGUGGCCCAGCCUAAGGGAGAACCUCAAGAGAAUGGAGACCACAACGAAAUGAAAGUUAAAGUGGAAUCUAUACCUGCAGUUAGCCAUACAACUAUAGGAGCCGCUAGUCGGAUCAUUCAAACCUCUCAGACUGCACCCCUACAGACGGUUACCAUAGUGCAACAAACACCUCUAGGUCAACACCAGCUACCAAUAAAAACUGUAACGCAGAAUGGAACACACAUAGUACCCAUUGCCACAGCGAUUCAAGGUCAGGCCAACACUGCUGCUGCAAGUCCCUUACACAUGUUAGCUACCCAUGCGUCUGCUUCAGCUUCUCUUCCAACAAAACGUCAGAAUGGAGACCAGUCUGAACAGCAAGAAUUGAAACGUAUCAAAACAGAGGAUGGGGAAAGCAUAGUCAUUGCUGUGAAUGUUGACACCCCACCAGUGGCAAUGAGUGAACAAAGCAGCCAGAACUAGGAACUUAGAGGAAUAUUUCUUUUUAAAAUAAUGCUCCAUGGUGCCAAAAGGAGACAUUUAAACACCUAAAACAUUGAACAUGUUCUCACACAGUGGGGAAAGGGGCCCUGUGAUCAGACUUCAACUUUCAGCACUGAGAAAAACACAGGUGGCCUUAGAACUUCUAAUUUAAGCAAAGAAAUAAAGCAAAACUGUAAACCAUCUUGUUCCAGAGGCUGUGACCCCUCACCCCCCACUCCUCCUUGCCAUUCUGAAGUGACUCCGUACACACUGAGAAAUACAAAGUUGGGGAAGGCUGCAACUUUAAAAACCUCUAUCGGAUUAUUUUAAGGAUUGAGUAUCUUGGUAUAUCACACAGCAUGAUAAGCGCUUCAUAUGACUGGAUUUCAAACGAUUGUAUAUUCCUCAAAGGGAACAGAGGCAAGGAGCCAUUUCCUACAUAUUGGCAGCUAGCCUUUCAUAAUGACCUACCCGAUGCAGUUGUUGGUAGAUAUGCAGUAUUUUGUUGUUCACAUGUGGAAUUAGAAAUUUUUGACGUGUACUUUCAUUUUCUUUUCAAAAUAAUGGGGUCUUUGACAUUUCAAAUCACUCCAUUUCUACUCCAGAAACUUUGGAA